AUGGGCCAUAGGUGCUGCAGCAAACAGAAAGUUAAAAGAGGGUUGUGGUCUCCUGAAGAAGAUGAGAAGCUUGUCAAAUAUAUCACCACCCAAGGUCAUGGAAGCUGGAGUUCUGUCCCUAAAUUUGCAGGUUUAAAAAGGUGUGGUAAGAGUUGCCGAUUGAGAUGGAUAAACUACUUGAGACCAGAACUCAAGAGGGGUUCCUUUUCUGCACAAGAAGAGCAGAUCAUCAUAGAUGUUCAUAGGAUUUUGGGCAACAGAUGGGCUCAGAUAGCAAAACAUCUCCCAGGAAGGACAGACAACGAGGUGAAGAAUUUCUGGAACUCAUGCAUAAAGAAAAAGCUCAUGGCACAAGGCUUGGACCCAAAAACUCACAACUUGAUCCCUUCUCAUCAGAGGGCAGCUAAUAAGGUUGCCUGCAAUAUAUCACAAUCGAACCAACAACCCUUUUCAAUUAUCACUCUGGAUUCAAAGAUGAAAGAUGUUUCCAUGGAGAUAAGCCCUCCUAUUCUAACUCUACCUUCCCCUUAUCCAUCUACUAGCAGCUCUCAACCUCCAUUGCUUGAUCAAGCCACAACCAGCUUACCCUUGCCCGUCUCUGGUUAUCAAAACCCUGGUGCCAUUUGGAAUGUAAAUGCUCAAAAUUCUCAAGUUUCUUCCAUUUUCCCUUGUCUUUCAUCCAUCGAGACCACACUCAUUUCCUCUUCAUCUUCGUCUUCAGUGAACCCAACUGGGUUUGGUCUCUUAGAUGAAAAUUGCUUUUGGAGUGGUAAUAACAUUGUUGAGCCGUUUGAAGCAGCAAAAAUAUUCGAAGGUAUGCAAUCACAAGUGCAAGAAAACCAGCCGAACAAGAUUUGUGAGGCACAAACCAUUGAUAAGAUUAAUAAAGGUGUUCAGGACAGUAUGGAUGCUUCAUUUGACACCUCUAGCUAUGAUCUCGAUUUUGUCGACUCCACCUUACUGUCUGGUUCGAUGUGUCGAGAUCUUAGCUCCAUGGAUGAUAUUGCAUGGAACUUUUAG